AAAUUUAAAUGUCAAGUCUUCCUAGAGAAGUUAUCAAAUGGGUGCAAAGUCUCAGCCUCUCCUUUAGUGUGAAAAACCCAAAGAGAGCCUUCAAUAACGGAUUUCUAAUAGCAGAGAUCUUUUCAAGGUACUUUCCAGCAGAUAUACAAAUGUUCUCUUUUGAUUACGGAGAAGGUAUGAAGAGUAAGAGAGAUAACUGGAACCAACUCAUUGAAUUCUUUAAAAGAAGAGGUCUCCCUAUUGUGAUUAAAGAUAUAGACUCCUUGAUCAAUAAUGAUAAUAACUCAACUAUUGAGUUUGUUAAGCAGGUUUACACCCUAUUGACUGAAAGAGCACUCAUGCCACCUAUAAAGGUCUACGAUACAGAUGCUCAAGAGCAGCAGAGUUUAUUACUUAAAGAAAGAGAAAUGGUUAAGUUGCCUAGAAAUGAUCUGGAUGUAUUUGAUCCAGAUCAAGAGGACACAAAACAAGAGCAAUCUAUCAUGAAGGAAAGUACUUCAAGAAGUCCUCAGAAAUCUCUUGCGAUUACAAAGGGACCACAAAGGACCAUUCCUCAGACUCUAGAGCUUGAUUCUUACAAGGCAGUUGAAGUAAAGGACAUCCAGAUUAAGGCCAUCAAUCAGAGUGUUGCUCAGAUUCGUGCUCAUAAGGAACUCAAUAGCUUGCAUUCACAAAAUGCAAAGAUGCAGAAUUCUGAGAACCAAAGUCAGAUGAAUAUGUCCCAGAAUGGGUCUCAAAACUUUUUGGGUGCGGGAGAUGGUGCCUCAAGAAUUCUUUCACCAGAGACUAUGAGAGAGGAAAGACAAAUAAAGAAGAGCAUUACAGACAUCCUUCAUGAAAUAAUCUUGGCUAAGAAUGAAAAUGAUGAAAACAAUGAGUUCUCGGCAAUAAGGGUUGAAGGAGAUAUGGUCACUGCCUUCUUUGACAAUAUCGAUAAAUUCUCAGAUGAAUUUGUAAUCGGAUUUAUCCAAGAAAUGGAAGCUGACCUCGAUCAUCUAACCAGUACUUUGUACCAAAGUGUGAAUGAUCUUUCAGCUUUUUAUAGUUACAUAAUCAUUAUGCUAAAGAGGCUACAUGAGUUAUCUCCAAGCUUUGCUGCUACUCUGGCAUUCAGCAAGCAAUUGGCCAACCGUAUUGUUGAGGAUUCAGAUAGUCCACAAGAAGAAUUUCAGAGUUUUUUCCUAUUCCAUCUACUAAAAGCAUAUUUACAAAUUGCUAAAAUAGAGAUCAACAAGAGAGCCUCUGUGGCUGAGUUGAUCUAUGCCCACUCCUCUCAUGAUCUAUCCCUAAGGAUUAAGGUAGUACAGGAUCUCAAAUCUCGAAUCAAGGAUGAAGACUUUAUGUACAGAAUGUUAUCAUACCUUGUGGAUCAAGAAGAAACAUUUAAUGAAGACUGGUUUGACUCUUUCUACUUCUCAGCACUUGUUGGGCUAAGUAGGUCAAGGCCUUCCAUUAGAGUAUUCUCUUUGAAGAUCAUUAAUACAAUCUGUCGUCACCAUGCUGAUGGGAUUCUUGAUGUAACACAGAAGAUCAAAGGGCUAGCAAAAUCAAACCAUUGGGAAAUUAAAGCACAAUGCUUAUUGUUCUCUUGAAAUAUUUUAAAAUACUUAAGGAAAUACAGCUACUUGCUGAAGUCAUCAAAAGAUGAUACCUCAGGAGGAAACAAGGAUGCCCAACAGAUCAAUGUAAAUGCACCAGGGAAGGAUCUUAACAUCGACAGAAACUAUGCUAAGCAGCUGAUCAGUGAUAAUUUAGACAUUAUUAACCUGUGUUUUAAUCCUUAUGCUCCCAGAAGUGUCCAGAAGUUAGGCAUCUACGAACUCCAAUCAGUGCUGAACGAUUUCAAAGUUCUGUACAGACCUUAUGUUGAGACUUUCCUUGGCCUUGAUCCUGAAAACAAAAUGAUUGUUCUAGGCCAAGAUGAAAAUAUGAUAGGGAAAGAAUUUUACCUUUCUCUAGCAUCUAAUUCUGAUGAGUACAAAGUAGUAAAUAAUCCAGAUUGACUCGACAGAGUCAAUGUGGCAAGAGCCCUCGCUGAUUAUAUUAUUGAGAAUGAGCUAGAAAGUCUUGAAGGAAUUCAUAUGGAACUUAUUCUUUUUGCCACAGAACAACAAAUGGUACCAAAAACUCAUGAUAGUUGGUUCAAAAUUUUCCAAAAGCUCAAGGAAUAUCUAUUUGUAGCUAUAUGCGACCAAGACAUCUACAUUGAAGCUCUAAGAGUAUUAUUCGAGAGAUUCUUCAGUACAGAUCAGCUCAAGUUCUUGAUCUUUGAGGAAUCAAUGAAAACUUUCCCAAAGACUUUGGAUGUUCUUUACUCAAAUGAAUUUGAUGCUUGUAAAGAAGAAUUUAAAAGAAUUGCUGAAGAAAUCAUUAACACCAAUGAGGACCCAACCUUAGUUAAUUGGCUGAAGUCAGUAAUCAUCAAUUUUAAGGAGAAUUACACUCAGGCUUAUCAAGAGAGUAACAUCACUGAACUGGGAGAAAGGAUUUCUAGCUAAAUUUCAAAUUUACAGAAAUUAA